UGAUAGGCAAACUGCCCCCCAAAAUAUCGAGUGUUCUCACGAAACAAGUCGCAUAGUAUUCCUGUCUUGUGGUACGCAGCGGUCGGAACUUGUUACCACGUCGUCUCCUCGCUCUCUCUCCAUUUCUCCCAACAACAACACGAACUUCAGUCGUGCUGGCUACUAGUAGGUACUUCGCUAUGAUGGAGACAGCCGUGCACCCGGCCCAGCCCAGCCAACCUCCGUCCGCCUCGUCCCCGACGGAGCUCAAGCCGCCGACAUCGGGCGCAGUCUCGCCCGGCAACAAGGCCGCCAACGACUCGUCGAGAGUCAAGCGGCCGAUGAACGCCUUCAUGGUGUGGUCACGCGGACAGCGCCGGAAAAUGGCCCAGGAAAACCCCAAGAUGCACAACUCGGAGAUCAGCAAGCGUCUUGGAGCCGAGUGGAAACUUCUGACAGAAGCCGAGAAGCGGCCCUUCAUCGACGAAGCCAAGCGGCUACGUGCCCUACACAUGAAGGAACACCCCGACUACAAGUACCGGCCAAGGAGGAAGACAAAAACCUUGAUGAAGAAGGACAAAUAUAGCCUGCCAGGUGGGCUGAUCGCUGCCAACGGGGCUCCCGUCCAGCGUACCAUCGCCACAGGUAUGGACCAGUAUGCUCAUAUGAACGGGUACAUGUCCAAUAACGCGUACACCCACAUGAUGCACCAGGACCAGUUGCACGCCUACCCGCACCCGGGCAUCUCUCCCGCCCAGACGGCCUCGCAAAUGGCGUCCAACGCGUCCCUGCCGCCCAGGUACGACAUGUCUGGCCAAAUUCCACCCUACCCCAUGGCCACCACUAACUCUUACACCAGCUACUCGAGCUCCAGCUACACCACCAACCCCUACCCGCACCACUACACCACGCCGCAGACCAUGAGCAGCCAAAUGCCGCCGGGCUUCACGACGGUAAAGACGGAGUCCGGCCCCGCAGCGCCGACCGGCACGCCGCCUGCAGAUGGCCGCGGGAGGAACCCCUGCCCCGGGGACCUACGGGAGAUGAUCUCCAUGUACCUUCCGGGUGACGCCAACGACCCCAACGCACAGAGUCGGCUCCACAGUAUGCAAGGACACUAUCAGAACUCAGUCGGGGUCAACGGUACAGUUCCCCUCAGUCACAUGUGAGCAUCUAUACGUCCUCAUACAACUUUUCAAUAGGGGCUUGUUUACCCGUGUAUUCAGUCGACUUUGGGGUACAUUGUCAUAGCCAUAGGUUUUGUUUUAAUUCUUUUCGUUUUGAACGAAGUCAAUCAUGCUGUGAAUUGAACCUGAAAUCGGAGCUUUUUUCCUGGUAGACUGAGAGAAACUUUUUAUGACUUAUAUCAUAAACCACACGACUGGUGUCAAACUAGGAUCCACUUUACUUUUUUGCACAAAGCGACUCUCGACUUAACUCUGCCGUUUGUUUAUAUGUUGUACAAAUUUUGGACAUUUUUAUUGUUAUUUAAGAAGAUUUUUGUGUUUUUGCUAGAUGACGAAGUGUGUUGUAGAUAUAUCUUUUUGAACAGAAACAAGUUAUGGACAACGUUGCGCGGAUACAAGUUUCCCGCGCGAAAAAAGAACUUAUUUUGUUUUCCGAGUGCCACUGCUCCAAGCAGUUGUAAAGAAUAUAUAAUUUAUAGAGAAACUUUUUUUCCACAUGAGACAGUUUGUUGAACUUAUUCUAUUUGCUAUUUGACGACAAUGUUUUUUGUGAGGAAAUAUCGCUUGUGUUUGAUGGUUUUAUUUUUCCCAUGCUGUGUUCGUUCUCCACGAUUCAGUUGUAAUGUUAUUCAGUGUUGUGAAGUUAUUUGAAUAAUUAUUUUUGUGGACUUCUUUCUCAGAGCCAAGAGUUGUAAAUAUUAUCGGCACAGUUUCUAACUACUUGUUGACGCGUUCCGUUUUUGAAGAAGUCGAGAAAUAAAUUGACAGCGAGUUGUUGAAAAAGGAAA